AUGACUACGCCUCAAACCAUCACCACACCGGCGCCGGCGCCGGCGCCCAAGCAGGAACUGCUGUCAUGGCAGGACCAGAGGAUCGCCGAUGCCGUGAAAUUGACCCUUUUGACGUCCAAGGAGUUCAUGCCAAAGAACACGGCCAGAAACUAUGUUCCAAAGCAGCGAGAGUGGAAGCAAUGGUGUGCCGCCCACUUUCCCCCUCUUCCCGAUUCCUGGCCCGACUCCUAUCGCCUGGGGCAGACACUACCAGGGGACCUCGUUGACGAAGACAAAUUGCUGUUAUUCAUGAGAGACGAGGUUGUCAACCGUGCCCCCAAGACAGGGAAGCGCCUUGCCGCAGAGCGCAAGCGGAAAGCGGCGCAAUUGGCCGCCGGAGGGCCUGCCCAGAAGAAACAGCGCAAACAAGGCGGUUUUGGACCAUUUAGCCAUACUUCCCAAACAAAUCCUGAUGGGAAUUUGUUGGAAGAAGAACAGGAGGAGGGGGAGGAGGAGGAAGAGGAGGAGGGUGACACGUUCCACUCGGAGCUGAAGCUCCAAUAUAACUCCAUCCGGGGCUAUAUUUCCGCCAUCCAGAAGCUCUUCGAAGAGCAGCAGAACGAAGGCAUGAUGAACCCAGCGCCGCGGCCACAGGGACUGCUGUUGAAAACGCCUAAGCAGGGCGUUCUGCGGCAGGUCUACGAACGUCACCGGGCCGAGUUUGCGGAUAUGGGUGAGGGCACCCUGAGACCGGCCCAUAUAGCUAGGCAUAGCGAUGCUGCCUGGCGACAUAGGAAUCCCGCUAUUGGCUUACGGACCAACGUAGACUUUCUGCUAGGCAACCACAUGCUGCUGCGAUCUGGAAAUCGGCGGCCAUUGGAGCUGGCUGACUGCUUUUGCUUGGGACUCCCAAACGAGGGGGUAAAGGACUCACACCGGGCACCAACCAGGGCGUUUCUGGUGUUAAUGAAGAACGGCAAGACCAACCAACAUGGCAGAACACACUUGCCUUCUGGUUCUUUUGGCGAUGGGAGAUCGAGAAGGAGCCUUUCCCAAGCUUCGCCCACGAUUUUGACUGGUAUCCCAUUAAAGUCCUCCGCAGAUCUUCAGGAACCAACUGAGGAGCUGUCAUAUAACUCCCAGAAGGACUGGGCCAGGGAGUUAUAUAAUUUGGCGGGCAUCACAACCACCAAAGCCACCCAUGCCCCUCGAGUUUCUGGCGCGCAAAAUGCGGAUAUCAAAGGCGUCUCCGAAGCCCAAAUUCGUCGUGCAGGCCGAUGGAACCACGGGGAUCAGCUGACAGGCUGUUAUUUAACUAAUCUUCCCAUUGCCUUUAUGCGCGCUGUUGCAGAUUUCGAUCCUGAGUGGGCUGGGUCUUAUUUUGUGCCCAGAACUACGGUGACGCCCCCAGCUAGUUUGCAAAGACAAAUAUGGCCAGCGGUGGACUUAUGGCGAGAAGUCCACGAAAACCCGGCAACGGCGACCUCGGGGAUUGCUCCCAACAAGGCGGCCGGCGCAUUCCUAGAGCUGUUAUGCUGGCUACGCGAAGUUCUGCUACAGGAUGCCGCUUUCCUGAUUCAGCUUUAUCCAGAUCACCCCUUAUUCAAGCACCCCAUGUUCUCGAGCCAGGAAUUCCUUGGCUUUGCAUUGGAAGUUCGAGCCGCUAGCGAAGAACUGCACCGCGAUAGCUAUACCGAGACAAUUCAAAAGGCCAUGCCGGGGGUUUCUGACAAGUUGCAGGCCAUGGCCGCACAGCAAGUGGCCGAGUCGAACCUGUCUCGGGAUAGGCAUUUGGCAGUGGUUGCUGAACUUCAGGCUCUGCGCGCCAAGGUCCAGGAAUACGCUGAGACCACCUUCACGAUCACUACAACUACAACGAUCUCUCCAGGUGGCACGACCCGACGGCAGGAGCAAGUCGCGCACCAGGUGGACAGAGUCUCAGCUCAGGAGGCCUCCCCGGCACCAAGACCUCCGCAGCAGCGAACUCCGGUCCUCCUAAACGGGCCGCCGCGCGCAGCACCCAUCCUGGCGGCGCCCGCGGGCGACGAUGCCAAUGCCCAGCCGCCCUGCUUUAGCUUGCCCAGGGAUAUCAGAACCGUGGCAGACCUCCUAAAGCUCUGGAAGUACGGCCUAGGCAUCAUGCCCUCUGUUCGUUCUCUUGAGCAGCGGUGGGGUUCUAGAUGGCGCCCGUCGACGUCCGCCGAGAGGCAAGCGUUUUCAUCCCGGAAUAGGAUCAUCAGGGAAAUUGAGCGGCGGGCAGAGAUAACAGGCCUGGCGGAAGAGGUGGUGGCAAGUGAGAUGGACAGAGAGAGGGGAACGGCGUCCCUGGAUAAGGUAUUUAAGACCUUGAAAGCUCGGGAUAAGCAGUAG